AUUGUCCGCCAAGACUUCGUCCGUUGCGAACGUGUUUGAGCGCUUUGAACGUUUUGUUGUCGAAAACGAGCGAUAUUAUUACCUUUUCAAUCAUUUUUUUUGUUGUUGUGAUAAGCAAUGAUAAUUGUUAUCAGUGUAGCUAGUGUUAUGCAAAACUCAUAAAGCAAAAAAGGAAAUUGAGGUUUGCAUAAUAUUUAAGCUUCAAGUUUGUUUUACGUUAUUUCGCGCGCUUUUUUGAAAAGGCCAAUGGAAGCAGUCGAGCUGCAAAUCAAACAACAGUAACAAGUGCAGAGUCAGAACCAACCAACAUAAGAUCUCGAAAAGCAAUCAAAAAUGGACCUGAAGAGGGCAAAAACCACCUUUGACUACCUGUUGGCGUUAGGCUGAAGGUUGAAGCGAAUUGUGAAAAGUUGGAAGCUAGUUGCUCUGCAUGCCGUUAGGCCAUUGUUGUUGUUGAUGUACUUGUUAUUAUUUUUGUUGCCGAUUGCACGUGCAUGUGAACGGAGCAAGGAAACGUUUAGAUACGUUAUAACAAAUAAAUAAAAUAACACACACACACACACACAAUGGCAAAGACGCGGUUAGCAUCAUGCAGCAGCAGAGGCAUAUCAGCCAGAUACCGGGAUUUUCUGUUGAUCUUCUGCAAUCUCGUCACUCUGACUACAACAAUUUGGUGCUUCAAUUUGGAGCAGCGACAGCCACUUAUUAAGUAUGGCAAUCCAAAUUCGUAUUUUGGCUAUUCGUUGGCCACGCACACAAUCGGAAACUCCAGCAAUGACAUCAAAUGUCUGCUUGUCGGCGCUCCAUUGGAUCGUAAUAGGCAGCCGCAAACCAAUCAAUCGGGCGCUUUAUAUAAGUGUCCCAUAUCAACGAACUUUGACGAUUGUGAACAGGUCAUAACCGAUGGCAGACGAUCAUCUGAAGGAUACUAUCUAUCUAACUACGAUGGUGAUGAGCUGACACCGCCAUCUGACGACGAGAUUAAAGAGGGGCAAUGGAUGGGCGUUACUGUCCGUUCCCAAGGAUUGGGUGGCAAGGUGCUCGUCUGUGCGCAUCGCUACGUGACGAAAAUGGCCGAAAAUCUCUAUGGGCAAGGCAUGUGCUAUGUCCUCACCAACGAACUACAGUAUGACGAGGUCUACGAGCCGUGCAAAGGACGCACCGUGCAAAGGCAACACGAGGACUAUGGGUUCUGUCAGUCGGGCACGUCCGGUGCGUUACUGGAUGACAAUACAAUGGUGCUGGGCACCCCGGGUCCGUUUACGUGGCGCGGCGCCAUUUUCGUAACGGAGAUUGGGGGCGAGUAUCUGCAGCGGGAUAAGAAUAUGUACUACAGUGAUCACUCGGAGACCCAUUCUCCGGUGGAUAAGUACAGUUAUCUAGGUAUGGCCGUAACCGGAGGUCGCUACUUUGGCGAACAGAUGUCCUAUGCUGCGGGCGCACCCCGUUCCAAUGGCUGCGGUCAGGUGGUCAUCUUUGACAAGGCCAAAAUCAGUCCAAUACCCGAGCGCAUGAUUAUUAACGGCGAACAGUUCGGCUCGAGCUUUGGCUACGAACUGGCGACGGCGGACAUUAACGGCGAUAAAAAGCCGGAUCUAAUUGUUGGCGCACCGUUAUACUUUUCGAAGAGUGACGGCGGUGCCGUCUAUAUCUAUCAGAAUGACAAUGACAAGCUGCCCCAGAGUUGGACGCUGCGGCUAACGGGCGCCAUGGAGAGUCGAUUCGGUCUGGCACUGGCCAACAUUGGUGAUCUAAACAAAGAUGGUUGCGAGGAUAUUGCUGUGGGUGCACCCUACGAGGGCGAUGGUAACGUCUACGUUUUCCUUGGCUCACGCAACGGCCUCAACGAGAAGCCCUCACAGCGCAUUCAAGCCUCCGAUCUGGGCAUAAAUCUCCCGAAGCCAAUACGCAACUUUGGCAUCUCGAUAGCGGGCAACAUGGAUCUGGAUGGUAACUCCUACGUGGAUAUGGUUGUAGGUGCACCGCCCGCCGCCGUUGUUGUCCUCGCCCGUCCCAUCAUCAACAUACAGACAACGUAUCGGAGCAGUGAGACACGCAACAUUGAUCCCAAUCGGGCGGGCUGUCGAAUGGAUGUAUCCACAAAUUUAACGUGCUUCACGUUCGAGGCGUGCAGCAGCAUCGAACCGCACGAGCAGCUCAGCAAGCAGAUCAAUUUGGUAUACACUGUCGAGGCGGAGCCCUCCGAGAAUCACAAGAAGAUCUCGCGUGCUUUCUUUGAUCACGACAACAAGCGGAGCAACGUGAUCAGUCGACGGGUUCGGGUGCGAACCGAUGGUGGCGUCCAGUGCCAAAUGGUCACGGCUUACAUCAAGGCCAACACUCGCGACAUCCAGACGCCCAUUCGUUUCCGGCUGGACUGGAAACUGGAGGAACCCGAAUUGGCGGACUCGCCUUUGACGCGUCUGAAUCCCAUUCUGGAUCAAACGCAGGCCUACAUUGAGUUCGAGGGCACGUUCCAAAAGGAUUGCGGGGAUGAUGAUCUAUGCGAGAGUAAUUUGCGACUUCAUGCCGAACCCAAUCUUACACCAGAGGAUGGUGAAUAUGUACUGAUCCAGGGAAACACAACGGAACUGGAGGUUAUGGUGAAUGUGAGCAAUCUGGCGGACUCGGCUUACGAGGCACAGUUGUUCAUCGCGCAUCAGAAGAGCGUAUCUUACAUAGCGACGAAGAAACCGACAAAUGCGACUUGCAACAGCUUUAAUACGACACUUGUGGCUUGCAGCCUGGGCAACCCGAUGUUGCGUGGCACCACCAUACAUGUGAGCAUACGCUUCGAUCCCAACAGCCUGGAGGCGGAGGAGACGCAAAUGUUAUUCCACAUAUUUGCGAACACCACCUCCAAGUUGGUGGGUAAAGAGCUGCCUGAGAGCAAGCUGACAGUGCGUGUGGUGCGACAGGCGGAGGUGACGGUACGUGGCUGGGUUAAUCCCGAGCAGAGUUUCUACAGUGGCGUUUCCAAGCUACAAGAUUUACCCAUUGAACUGGACGAUAUUGGCUCACCGCUGGUGCACACCUAUUUCAUCUUUAACGAGGGUCCCUCGACGGCGCCCAAGGUCCAGCUGGACAUCUUUCUGCCGCUGAGGCUUGAGAGCGGACAUAGCGAUGAUCUGAAGCACGGUGGCGGCAAAUAUCAGUAUCUGCAAUAUCUGGAGGAUAAGCCCCAAAUUGAGACCGGCCAGGGUGAAUGCACGGUGCCGCCUGAAUAUGUUAAUCCCCUCAAGCUGGCCUCUAUGGCGAAGUGGCCAACGCACCGCCAGGAACAAUUGCAGAAACUGCAACUGAACAAGACCCAUUUUCGGGCGAAUCGCUUGCCCCGCAACACCAUCGAGCGCAUUGUGCGACCCGAACGCUUCAUGGAUGGACGCGAGGUGGGCGGCAAAGGCAAGAAGCAGCAAAUUGUGGAACUCAACUGCGAUAAAUAUACCGCCCAGUGCAUCAAAAUCCAAUGCGAGUUCUUUGGGAUGCCGGCCAAAACGGAGGCACAGGUCACUUUAAAGGUUCGACUUUGGAACUCAACGCUCGUCGCCGAAUAUCCUCGUGUCGAUCUCGUGAGGAUUAUGUCGACGGCCCAUGUUAAAAUACCGCAAAACUUUGGCGUGGAACAGCUUGAGAAUAAUAAUCUUAUUGUGGUGGAAACACGCGCCUAUCCGGAGCUGCUGGAUCAGCAGCGUGAGACAUAUACGCCAAUGUGGGUCUACAUAUUGGCGGUGCUCGGCGGAUUAUUGCUGCUGGGUCUAUUCACGUAUGCGAUGUGGAAGUGUGGAUUCUUUAAGCGAAUGCGACCGACAGAUCCGACGCUCAGCGGCAAUCUGGAGAAGAUGAACGAGGAGAAGCCAUUCCUGGCCGCGAAAACUAGCCAUAAUGUUUUCUAACAAGAGGGCACCGUCGGAUGGGAUCUGGUGCGGCGCAUUGCUGCACCUGGGAGAAAGCGCAACAGGCUCAAGCAGCUGCUGCUGCACAAGCCGCAGCAGCACAAGAAACAUCACAGAAGGAUACUAUUCGGCUGCAACAACAACAACAACAAUAGCAUUGAAGAUGCAGAUAAUGAUGAAUUUGAUGUGUUAUCCUUGACGCCGCCACCGCCGCCGCUUAGCGUAUUGAAUUGGGGCAACGAUGGCUACUAUCAGGCGAGCGCCACCUGGUGGGGUCACAUGUGAAUGCUGGCAAAGAUGAUGAUGAUGAUGAUGAUGAAGAGCAACAGCUGUAGCUGGAGAACAGUUAAAGAUUCUGGUUGUGGGACUUUCAAUGUGCCAUUAUGUUUACUUAAGUUCGAACUUCGGCUGGCAAAUAGUACUUAACCAAAACCUCGAAACAGAAUUUUAUUUCUUCAUCUAUUUGUCAGUUGGUAGACUUAGCUGUUUAAUCUAAAGACUAGCUUAUACACAUACAUUUAUAUAACUAUAUUAGAUGAGUGUUAUUCGUCAUGCAAUUUAUAGGGAUACUUUUACGCGCUCCAAAACUAGCUAAAAAUAUUCCUAAUUUAAGGUCUUGAUUCGAACUCGUUUAUUGAUAUAGCUUCAGUUAUACUUUUUUAAGGUCUUUCGUUAGAGGAGUGCAUGCUAUGGGGUCCACCUUGUGCAUGUGGUGGGUCCAGCUUUGUACCAUAUUUGUUAUUUAUGUAAUUUAAUGCUUAAGCUUCUUUUUAAGCCCAUCGUAUAACUUAAUUCCGAAUUCUUAAACGAAACUGCGUGUCUCCGAAAAAUAUCACUGCCACUAUGAAAUAAUAUUCGUAACACGAAAUCCAAUAUAUUUCAUGAAAAUGUUUCAUUAUUUCUAAACACUACACCAUUAACGAAAGUAUUAACUGCUUUUAUACAUAUAAUUAUUACAUGGAUUGUUUAUACGUUGUGGGAAUAUAUCCUUUCAAAAUUAUUCACUUUAGUGCGAUCCCAAAAUUUUUUUUUUUUUUUAAUUGUCUUAAUUCUAUUUAUUAAAUAAAAGAAAAGAAAAAAUGAAAAAAAAAGUUCAAAUUUCAAUACAAUUACGAU